AUAUGAUUCCUGAAUACCGAGAUACGCCAUUAAUAUCGCCGAUUCCACGGCCAACAAUCGAAACAUGUCCACCAUUAACAGACUCACAACUACAAAUAAUACAGCAGCAUCACCAGUAUUCUUUACCUAAUCGAAUGAAUUUUCAAAGACAACGAGAACCAAUUCCUCCGAUAAAAUCUGAACCACAACAACAAAAUCCUCAAAUACCAUCAAAUUCUUCUUUAUUUUCGCUUGCAUCUGCUGCUGAUAUUGAAAGACAAAAUAAUUCGGAUUUUCUAUAUUGUCAAAUUCCAUUCUAUGAAGCCCGUGAACUUGAAGGAUUGAAAAUGGUUGUAGGCAAAUCAAUGGGUUGCUCGAGAGAAAGCAUCAACUAUCCACAAUUCCUCAUGAACAAUUUACUGCUGCACGUGGAAAGUCAAAUCCUUACGAAAAAGACAGGUAAUUCGAUUUUUAUCAAUCGUGCCGCGGUUAAAUUGGCUUGUUUGGAUGCUACGAAUCGGUUGACUGGAAAGAAAUUCUCCAGUAAAAGACCUUACAGGUUUGCAGAUAUAUGUGGUGGUCCCGGUGGAUUCUCCGAAUAUAUAUUAUGGCGUAAACAUGUAUAUGGAUGGGGUAUUACUUUAGUUGGAGAUAAAGAUUUCGUUCCCGAGUCAUUUUAUCCUGAUUCGGGAGUGGAUGAUUGCUAUGAAAUUAUUUAUGGAGCUGAUGGAUCAGGUGAUAUAUGCAAAGAAGAAAAUAUCCGAGAAUUUGGUAGAAUUAUUUUAGAUAAAACUAUGGGUGCUGGUGUAGAUUUGGUUGUUGCUGAUGGUGGAAUUAAUUUCCGAGGACUUGAACAAGAUCAAGAAAUCCGAAUGCGAAAAUUAAUUUUGUGCCAAGUUAUUACUAUGUUUCUUGCCCUUCAACAAAAUGGAGAAUUCGUAUUGAAAUUAUUUGACAUUUUUACUCAAUUUACCGCUGGAAUUGUUUGGAUUCUUUACCGCCAUUUCAAGUGUAUUCGUAUUCAGAAACCGGAGCCAAAUUCUUAUUUUAUUUCUCGUUUACACAAAAAAAAAAGAUACAUAAUAUGUCGUGGACUCCAUCAAUCCCGUCCAACAAUAACCAAUUAUUUAUUCGACAUCAAUCGUAAAUUCAAUGACCUCUUACGUCGUCGUAGUCGUGGUGAACAAGAAGAACAAGAUAUAAUUCAGAUUGUAGAUUUUGAGGAAAUGAAAAAAGAUGAGCCGUUUAUACGGUAUCUGAGGAAUUCUAAUGAAAAAAUUGCUCUGGAACAGCGUAAAGCAUUGGAUAAGCUAUUGCAAUAUGUGCAGAAGCCUGAAUUAAAACCAGAAAAUCAGGAAGAAAUCCGUCGAUUACGAUUCAAUCAGUGGUGGUUGCCAAUUGAAGAACGGCAGCGGCAUUCUAGUGGUGAUAGGGGUGAUCAAUAUACUAAUGAUUAUUAUCAUCGUAAUUAUUAA